AUGGAUCCUCGGAUUUCAACUUUUAACCUUGGCAAGUUGCCUUUGCCGGGGCUGUACCACGGCUCAACCGCGCGCCUCCUGCAGCUCGAGAUCGCCAAGUUGCCGAACAGAGCAGGGCCGUACAACGCUGCGGGCUUAGCCGCCGCCACAACCAGCAUUGACGACUUGCACGCACGCAAAGACAGCAUCCAUCGACCUUCAGCAGACACCGAUCCCCAUCUUUACCAUUUCCCCAUCAUUCUUCCGAGGCAUUUCCUUAAGAGCGCCACCAUGAAGAUCUCCGCCAUUCUUGCUAUCGCUUCUUUUGCGAUUGUCACCAACGCCGUGGCCAUCGACGGAAACGAUGGUGCCAUGGCCAAGCUGUUCCAACGAGAUAUCGCCCCACGCGAUGAUCCGUGCCUAACACCUUGCAUGGAUAAGACUAGCCAUUACUGCCCUCACCCCGGCGGCUGCGGCCUCCAAUGCUGGAUCUGCUGCGAGGUUAAGAAGUACAAGGCCAACUCCUGCGGUUAA